AACAAAAUAAAUCUAUAAAAAUUAUAAGUUACGCAAAAAAAUAAAACACGUAUAAUAAUUUUAAAAUUUUUUUUAUAAAAAUGUCAAAAUUUUGUGGUGUAAUUUCAAAGCAUACAAAUGCCGAAGAUUUCGAACCGUUGCGUUUCAGUCACUUGGAAAUGCUCACCAACUGGCUGGCUAGUGAGACGGAAUCGCUCGAAACAGACUUUCAAACUAAAGGUGAAGCUGUGCAAGAUCAGCAACUGCGAGUGAUACAGAAUGAAAACAAUCUUACACAAAUUCACGAUAUAAUGCAGACGCUUAAGCAAAGAAUAGCAGCCACAGAACUAGAAAUUAAUGUGAAUGAGUCGAGUAUAAAAAUGCUUGAAAACAAUAUUAGAGCGCUGGAGGAGUAUGCCAAGAGACCACUUACGCCAGCUGGCGUUACCUGUGGUUGUCCUCUCGUUUGUAGGCAACAUCAACAGCACAACAUGUGGAAUUUGUUGCAGGACACAGAUCGCACCAUGGCACAGCUCAAUACGCUGAUGGAUGAGAUACAUGAACUGGAACCAUAUGUGGAGCGUAUGAGUAAUCCGUAUUAUACUAUAAGCAGCAUAUUGGAUUGCCAUUUGACGACUUUGAAACAAACCGAAGCGAAUCUAGAUCGUUUGGUUGAUAAGAUGAAUGCGGUCGAUGGCCUAUUUCAAUUGAUGAUGCGACAUCUUGCCGAUUCACGUCGAAACAGAGCAAAUCCCGUUCCACCUAACUGCAAGCUGAACAGAUGACGAUUCCAUUUUAAAUAUGAAAAUAAUUUUCGUUUAGUGUAGUAUUAAAUGCUUAGUAUAUUGAUUUACUUUUUAGCUCAUUAGCGUACUCAAAUUCACUUUUUAACAUAACAAAUAAUGUAUUUUCGGUGCAAUGAAAAACAAUUUAGUAAAUGAAUGAGUUCCCUGAACCAUUGCGGCGAGAUGA